AUGGACUCGAGCAAGCUGCUCGAGUACUCGCUCGGCCAGCUCGGCCAGCUGCCCAGCCAGCUCCAGGCCCACCACCUCGCCCUCCAGCACGAACUCGCCCUGCUCUGCACCACCCACCCAGAACACCCCGCCACCACCAUCCUCGCCCACAGGAACACCGCACGGGCCAUCCUCGACCAGCUCAGCACAUUCGAAAACCUCGUCGAGGCACCCCAGCUCAUCGCAACAGCCAUCAGCAACCAGCUCCCCAGCCAGGCCAUCCUCCUCGCACGCAAACUCAGCCAGCUGCCAACCCACACCCCACUCAUCCAGACCAUCAACGCAGCCGUCAGCCGAUCCCUCCAGGCACUCCGCGACCAGUCCCUCAGCAGCCUCAGCCAGCCCAGCCUCCUCAGCCUGCCCACCGCACUCCCCACCAUCAACAUCCUCCGCAGCCUGUCCACCCCAUUCCAACACCCACCCAACCACCACCAGAUCACCGUCCAGCCCAUCUCCGAGCCAGAACUGCGUCUAGCCUUCCUCACAGCCAGGUGGCAAGCCCUCGCCGACAACCUGCGCCAGCUAUCACCACCACCACCACCACCACCACCACCACCACCAACAACAGCAGCCACCUCCCAGCCCGACGAAGAGCACCUCAAGUUUCUACGCCGCUCACUCGAACUGUGGCGGGCCUUCGUCGGGGACUCCCUGUCAAUCUACCACCACAUCUUCCUCGAUCCCCUCCGCUGCCCGACCCCCCCAUCACACCACCCAUCACCCCACUCCUUAGACGACCCCCAGUCCUCCUUAAACUGCUUCCUCACCCAAGCCCUCGAUCUCCAAAGCUCCCUCCUCCAAACCCAUCUAGGCUCCAUCCUCUCCGUCUCCAGCCUCAACUCCCUCCUCACCCAACUGGCCUACUGCGCCGCCGCCUUCGCCAAAUGGGGAUUCGACUUCACCCUCGCCGUCUGCCCACUGAUCGUCAGCCGCUUAGAGGAACUCAUCAGCGCACGCAUCCACCUCGGCCUGCGCCAGCUCUCCCUCGAUCUCAAGCCCCUCAUCUCCCCCACACCCACAGGAGCAGCAGCCCAUCCACUGAACCGGAACGGGGGACUCCAGCUCCGAAGACGCUCCCUCAACCCCUUCCCAUCCUCCACCCACCCCACCUUCGUCGGACUAGAGCACUCCCUGCUCUCCCCCGACGCGCUCAGCCGGCUCCUCAAACUCAAGCCAGCCCAACUCGACCUCCCACGAGCGGAGAGCUUCGCCACCGACUGGCUCAGCCUCUUCCCGCCCCUCGUCCGCUUCGUCAACAGCCAGCUGACGGCCCUCAACGAGCUGCGCCUCCUGCCCGUCGCAGGCUCCUACGCCCCGAUCGCCCAGGCCCAGCUCGACGCCCUGUGCGCAGCCACCGACGAGCUCCGCAGCCUGGCCCACAUCCUGCCCGCGUGCCCGCAGCCAGAGGAGCACGAGCCAGAGGAGGGCGAGGAGACGGGAGACGAGGAGAAACGGUCGGCCUGCAGGCUCAGGCGGGUCACCCAUCGGCUCCUCCUCCUCUGGACCCGCAACAUCCUCCCAGCACUCGAACGCGCACUCAGGGUCGGCAUCUACCAGCAGCUCGAGAUCCACUCCCCUCAGCCGCGCUUCCUCGACUUGCUCGACCAGGCCGAACGGCUGCUUGCCCAGAUCUUGCCCACCCACCACCCACAGAAAAAAUCGGAUGCUGCCACGCCCACGGAAAAACCUGCUGCUGAGACUCAUCCACCCCACCACCUGGAAGAUCAGAGGCAACUCAAAGAUAUCGAACAUGCGCCAGCUGCCCAACCACCACAGGACGAUAAACCAUCUACUCCUCAAGAAACCACACCCACGCCUCCCCAAGACCCUACGGAUGCUGUCAAGCCCACCAAUCCUCUGGAAAAGCCUGCUGCUGACCACCACCUGGAAGAUCAGAAACAAAUCGAUCACAACGAUAUCGGACACGCGCCAGCUGCCCAACCACCACAGGACGAUAAACCAUCCACCCCUCAAGAAACCACACCCACGCCUCCCCACGACCCUAAGGAUGCUGUCAAGCCCACCGAUCCUCUGGAAAAGCCUGCUGCUGACCACCACCUGGAAGAUCAGAAACAACUCGAUCCCAAAGAUCCCGAACACCCGCCAGCUGCCCAACCACCACAGGACGAUAAACCAUCCACCCCUCAAGAAAUCACACCCACGCCCCAAGACCUCACUAACGUGAACAGCCUCGUCACGCCCGGUCCCAACAAACACACACCUCAACAUCUCGAUCUCCAAGCGACCUCCGAUCAACCUAGUCCCGACCGCACAUCUCCCACGGCCCAGCUUGUUGCAGACGACUCUAUUUCAUCCAGUUAG